CUGCACUUCCGGAAUCGUGGAAGGUGACUUCCGGCGCGUUGAGGCAAUAUGGCGGCUUCCAUAGUGCUACAUUUGGAGUUCGGAGGUGGAGCUGAGCUGCUUUUCGGGGGUGUAAGGAAUCAUCAGGUGACUUUGCCCAGCCAAUCACAGCCAUGGACCAUGAAGCAGUUGUUAGUGUGGAUCAGAGCGAAUCUGCUGAAGGAACGUCCUGAGCUCUUCCUGCAGGGAGACACUGUGAGGCCAGGGAUCUUGGUCUUGAUCAAUGAUGUCGACUGGGAACUAAUGGGUGAGCUGAAGUACCUGCUUCAGGAUCAGGACAAUAUAGUUUUCAUCUCAACGCUGCAUGGAGGGUAGAAGUGGAAGUGCAAAGCUAAGCGCUUCAUUCCUGGCUCUUAAGCAGCGUUUGUUUAUGAUGCGCUGCGUUGAGUUGAGUUAAAUCGACUGUCUGACUGUGCUCAUCUCCAGUAACACAAAGAUUGGGUCACAUGGCCAAGUGCUGGCGCUCAGGAAGUAACUGGAAUUUCAGGAAGACUGUGAUAGGAGCUGAUGAGGAAGAUGCUCCUUUAUUCAUGCUCCCGAUGUAGUAUCUUGAUUUACUUUUUAGAGAGCCUUAAAUCGAUUAAAAGUUCUAAACCAAGCUUUUUACAAAUCAACUUUUAUUAUAAACCAAAAUGUCCACGGAAACAUGCUUAUUUUUUAUUAAAGUUUAAAUUUCAACUCAUAUGAACGAGUGAUACCUUAUGGGGGGGGGAAAUGACAUGUAAGCAUGUAUUUUAUGACGUUGCAGUAAAAUUUAUACAUGUAUAUUCAAUAUCAUUAAUACACUGCAGUUUAUAAUCUUACCGGGAGCCGGUGUAUAUUAAACAAAAUGCAAAUGACGAUCGUUGCAGUACAAACUGACAAUUUUCAUUCGUGAAACAUUUUUCAUCCGUUUGAGAUGACGGUCUGCCCACCGAAGUCUCCAAUAAUCUUUAACUUUGAAGUGAAACUAAACUGUGCGAAGGAGGCAGAAAUUGGCAGCUGUAGUUAGCAGUUUCCUUGAAGGAUUCCUUGAGGAUGCUUUUCUGGUUUCUAUGGCCCACCUAGAAUAUUCAUUAGAAGAAGCGACAAGGGCUCUGCGGGAGGUCGCCGUUCUGCCUGAGGCGCUGCCCUCAGCCGGCGCUCCGGCAGCCGGUACUCUUCUCGGAAGUGGACUCGAUUUGCAACGGGAAGCGGUUUGAUAAUGACUACAAUAAUCCUAAUGCACACAAGGAAGAAUGGUGGUGGCAGCAUUCAGACGUGAAGGCAGUGAUCCUCAGAGGGGAGAGCAGGAAUCAACACGUUUCCUGGGAUUGAACUAAGCCACUCGCAAGGAUGUUUAAAGUAAAGACCGACAGCAUUCUCGCAUGGUUUUAGUGGGAUAACCUGUUUUCUACUAAACGAAUUUCCAGGCUGGUGUUCUUGCCUGGUUUUUCCAUAUAGAAACGUGAUUUUAUGAUUAAUAAAUUGUCGAUAUAUUAUUGCAAAGGGGCGACUUUUACAGGGUUUGGUUUACUUCUAUGGUGUAUGACUUCAAUAAAGUCACUAUAUUACG